ACUAAGGACCAGAUUCAUACAUGUCGACAUGCCCAAAAUGUGUUGAGGGACGCCUUUCGUUUCACCGUCCGAGCUUCUUUAGCAGCAUGCUUCUGCGGUUUAACAAUCAGCUGGUAAUCACUCGGUGCGUCACCAAUCUGGAGAGUUUUCUCUCGGACUUUUGAAUACAUUUAGACUGGAUCACAUCGAGGAAGAAGAGUACGAUAAUAUGAAUAGCACAGAGGAUGCAAUUUGCUCUUCUAACUUGGCAAAUGAAGAGACCUCUUCACACUCUGCUGCAGAUGGUAAGAAAGCAGGAGGAUGGAGAGCAAUUAAGUACAUUCUAGGGAAUGAAUCUUUCGAGAAACUAGCUUCGAUGAGCUUAGUGUCCAACAUAACGGUGUAUCUGCGUACAGAGUACAACAUGGGCGGCAUUCUUUUGAUUAAUGUGGUGAACAUCUGGUCCGGUUCCUCGAAUGUGGCAUCCCUCGCUGGCGCUUUCAUUUCUGAUGCGUACCUGGGCAGGUUCCGAACUCUCCUUUUUGGCUCGUUGGCAUCUCUCUUGGGCAUGGGGACCAUGACUCUAACUGCGGGUAUACCACAAUUACAACCAUCCAAGUGCACCGGCGAAUCCAAUUGCUCACAGCCUCGGAGUUGGCAGCUUGGUUUUCUCUUUGCUGAACUUGCUCUCUUGGCCAUUGGAGCAGGCGGCAUUAGGCCUUGCAAUAUCGCGUUUGGGGCCGAUCAGUUCGACACUAGAACAGAUAAGGGAAGAGCACAAUUGGAGAGGUUCUUCAACUGGUGGUACUUCUCCUUCACCAUUGCACUCCUCAUAGCUCUCACCGCCGUCGUUUAUGUUCAGACUAAUAUUAGUUGGGUUCUGGGGUUCGCCGUUCCGACCGCUUGCCUUGGAUUGUCCAUAUGCAUUUUCUUGCUUGGUCGUAAGACUUAUAUCUGCAAGAAGCCUCAAGGAAGCAUUUUCGUGGAUAUGGCUAAGGUGCUCGCGGAGGCAUGUCGAAAGCGUCGCCAAACUGUUGGACCCGAUUGGGAGCAACCGUCCUAUGAUCCUUCACCAGAGGAAUCAGAACCAGGGGUGGUCAAGCUAACUCGUACGUAUAGAUUCCGGUUUCUGGAUAAGGCGGCUCUUAUCAUCGAUCCGAAUGAGUUGGAUGGACAAGGAAUGUCGAAGAAUGGUUGGAGGCUGUGCAGCGUCCAACAGGUGGAGCAAUUCAAAUGCUUGAUAGGAAUCUUGCCAGUUUGGAUAACGGGAAUCGCCUGUUUCAUAGCCAUGGACCAGCAGACCACAUUUGGGAUUCUUCAGGCUAUUCAGAUGGACAAAUCAAUCGGACCCCACUUUGAGAUCCCGCCAGGUUGGAUGACCCUCUUCUCGAUGGUGGCACUCUCGAUAUGGAUCUUCAUCUACGAGCGCAUUUACAUCCCCCGGGUGCGGAAAAUCAUUAAGAAGGACAAAAGAUUGACAAUGCAGCAGAGGAUCAGCACAGGGAUAAUCAUGUCAAUUCUGUGCAUGUUGGUCGCUGGAAUCGUGGAGAGGAAGCGUCGAGAGUCGGCCUUAAGCCAGGGUUCGUACGAAUCUCCGGUUACUGUGGCAUUACUCUUGCCGCAAUUCGUCUUAUCGGGAAUGGUAGAAGCAUUUGCAGCUGUGGCAGUUUUGGAGUUCCUCACCACACAAAUGCCAGAGAGCAUGAGAACCGUUGCCGGCGCAAUCUUCUUUCUCAGCUUGUCUAUUACAAGCUACAUAGGCUCCUUCCUUGUCAAUAUGAUUCAUCUAAUCACUCGCAAGAACGGGAAAUCGCCGUGGUUGGGAGGUCAUGAUCUUAACAAGAACAGGCUCGAGAACUACUACUACAUCAUCGCUGCUGUUGGUACGGCAAACUUUGUGUACUUCAAUUUCUUCGCCUGUCAUUAUGUGAAAAAGGUCAAUCUUUGUGGAGAUGGGAGAGAGAUCCAGUUGGAGAACCCCGCUGCUUGCCAUUGA